ACUUAAUCGUGUCGGACUCUUCUGGCGGAAUUGGUGCCCAUGUGGAUGAGCUGAGCCUUGAUAAGUGUGGAUCAGAAGCAGGUAGAGGGAUAGCGUUAUUUGUGGUCUUUUAAUGUUAGUUGAGGAUGGUUAAUACUUGCAUACUAGCACAUUUAGUGUAUAAUGAUGGGCUGUAACCUGCAUAGUACUCUGUGUUAUUCCUACAUAUCCAGGGCUAUUAUAAUGCAUGCUAUGAUAAUGUGUGGCUGGGGGCUUUAUAAUAUAUCAUUUGUUUGUUCUGGGACUUUAUACUAAUGAGCAGCCAACAAUAUCUCAUAAAUAAAAUAGUCUCCACAAUCACAUUUAAAAAAAAUAAAAAUAAAUAAAAAUAAUUUUUUAAAUUUUUUUUUAAUCAUAAAGGUUUGAUCUCGAUAAAGUGCUCAGCAUUGACAGAGCUGCUUUAAAUUCACUAAAAUCGAGCGUUCCGUAAACUAAACCCAAAAUAUCAGAGGCAGCCAGGAUUAAAGGAGUAGUGUUUAUUUUAAGAUAUUUUGCACAACCCAAUGGCUAUCUAAAAGUAAACUAUGGAUUUCAUUUUGUGUUUUGUUAUUUUAUAUGGGACGUGUGAAGGCAUUGUGGUGUUCCGAUACAUUUACAAAUCCUAUAUAAUUUUCUCUCUGUGACUAGAGCCAGAGAUAGGCAACCUUCGGCACUCCAGAUGUUGUGGACUACAUCCCCUUUAAUGCUCUUACACCCAUAAAGCUGACAAAGCGUCAUGGGAGGUGUAAUCCAAAACAUCUGGAGUGCUGAAGGUUGCCUAUGCCUGACCAUAGAUGGAAUAUCUCAUUUCUGUUAACUAUACAGAGGGAAAACGUAUUUAUAUAAUAUUUAGAAUUUUUUUUUUUUUUAAAUCUGAUUUUACUGGAUUUGUGAAUUACCAGAUAGUUGACUCUAACAUUAUGGAGCUACAGUUUAUCCUGUUUUAACCAUGCUCCGCAGCCUGCAAAAGUGGUUAUGGUUAACCUGCCUCUGUUGGCGGUCAUUCUGCCUUCAGCCACGUGAGGUGAUUUUAGCUGAAAUAGUGGUGUAAAACACGAAUAUUUCAAUAAGAUGGUCGAAACUAUCAGAUUGGUGCAGUGUUUUACUGCGCAUGCACACUAAACCCCCCAACGUUUUCCUAUGGGAAAGUAUUUGAUUGGUUGAGAUCAUCAAUCUCUAUGAUCUCAGCCAAAGAGGUGCAGCAGUAUGUCAGGCACCAGUACUGCAAGGAAGAAAUGGUUAGUAAACUCACCUUUUUAACUCUGGUGACAGGGGCCCGGUCACCUAAUCGGCAACUAGUGCACUAUAGCAUUAGGAAUACACAUUUUGUAUUCCUAACACUAAAGUUCUCCUUUAAUUCAUUGGUAGUCCCUGAUCUGUUUUUAUCAAUAUCUGUUUUGUCCCUACUUGGACAACAUUAGUUGACUGAAAGUGUCAGCUGCGUAAUACAUUUUGCUUUAAUACGGAAUAGCACUUUUCCCUUUUUUACAAGACACUUUUUUGUGUAUGAUGUGAAAAAAGGUUGCAGCUUGGUAUAGGAAAAGGCAGAUGGCAGAGGAGUGCUCUAAAAUUUUUAUAUAUUUGCUGCAGAAUGGUUACAGAAGAGAAGUUAGAUUAGGGCUGUCAAACUGUUGACUGCAAAUUCAUUUAUUUAGUGACAACUAUCUUGAUCCUUGUCCAGCUGUAGAACCUAACUGGUCUGAAGCAUCUUAGCACUGGAAGUGAUAAGGUUGGACAAUACUAACUGCAAUUGCUCACCAAAAGGAAAAUGUCUCCCCGUGAAAGCGGUUAAAUUAGAUUAUUUUCAGAGGGGUAGGGUAGACUUUGUUUUUCAGUAGACAGGUCAUGUUUGCCCAAAUUACCUAGGUCCCAAAAGUGCCUGCGCUGCAUUUGGCUUCUUAUUCUGGAGAAGCAGUAUGUUAACUCUGAGCUAAGCACGGCCUGAGACCGAGCUUUAUACACUGUCUGGGAGUGCUCAGGGGUGCUAUCUGUAUUCUCCAGAUAGCAAUAAGUUGUCAAACCUUUCUUAAAUUGUUUUUCAAACUACUCUGGGAGGGUACCGCUGGGCUGUGAAAUAGAGGGGUAAAAGUUACAUGCUUGGGCUUUUAAAUGAAAAACACCUGUGAUGCUUUGGCUGUCAAUUUUAUAGAAAUUGUCACAAUAGCAUGUCAUCAGACCCAUUCUGUUGGAAGAUUGUGAUUGGCUGGUAGUAUUUCCAGGUCAAUACUAAUGCUUCUCUUGUUCCUCAUUACGUUUGCUGCAUAGGUUCUUGUAUAUCGUUGGAUGUGGAUCCUCUGCACCCAUAACCUCAUUAUUCUAAAUUAAAGAAAAAAGCAAUACCAUGUUUUAAUGCAAACCGUAUGUUUUUUUUUUUUUUCUCAGUGUAUCCACAGAGGCAGACACCAACUACUACUCAACCAUGGAGGAUAUGAAAGAAAAAAAGAAACAUCGGAAGAAAAACAGUGGACCCAAAGCAAACAAAAAGCGUAAUCGGCAAGAGGGUGAAGGAAUUACAGAAGAAGAUGCCAGGAAAAGAAAUCCUAAAGCCUUUACAGUGCAGUCUGCUGUACGCAUGGCAAAGAAUUUCCAUAGGUAAUACAUUACACCCAUCCUUUAGUUAUUUUUUUUAAAAUCAAUAUUCUGUGCUUAAAUUGCAGAAUCCAUGGACAUCUUUGCUUCUAAAACACACAUUUAUAUGUUUCAUGUCCUGCAUUUUCACUCCUCUAAUUUCCGUUCUUACUACGUUUUCUCUAUUUAUUGUCUGUGAUCUGGGCUAGAUAAAUCUUCUGCCUUGUUAACGACCUGAAUCUACUUGUAACACAGCCAUUGUUCUUGUUUUAUGAUGCACAUCUUGUUGAAUUUAUUUUUCCCCAGUAAUAGUUUAAAGAAUUAUUAAAGACCAUGAAUAUGAUUUGCAUUUUUAUAGCCAAUGGAUUGUUUUCUUCCUAGGACGCAGGAUUUGAAGACCAGGAAACAUCACAUACCAGUGGUAGAUCGCACACCUCUUGAACCUCCACCUGUGGUUGUGGUGGUUGUUGGGCCUCCAAAAGUUGGGAAGAGCACCUUAAUCCGUUGCCUCAUUAAAAAUUUUACCAAGCAGAAGCUUACAGAGAUCCGAGGACCGGUGACUAUUGUGUCAGGUAAGAUGGCAACAAUCAAAAACUUUUUAAAAACGUGUGUGAACGACUCUUCAGUCUAACAGCAGACAUUUUAAACAGGUUCUAUGACCAAUGCAUAGUGCCUUAUUUUUAGAUUUUAAAUUUAAAAUAUGUAUUGCUUUCUCUUAAAACUUUAAUUUCUGCAGGAAAGAAGCGUCGUCUAACCAUCAUAGAAUGUGGAUGUGACAUCAACACAAUGAUAGAUCUGGCUAAAGUUGCUGACUUGGUAAGAGAGUGUAUCUAUAUAAUUACCUUUCUAGGCUUUCUCUUACUUCCAUUGUCAAGGUGGUGAGAUGUGUACAGAAUGAUAUGACUGACAUGGCAAGGGUGCCAUUCUGUUUCACAUCAGCUAUAGCUAACUAAAACAAAUAGAUUUCAGUUGUGUGUUUGUUACUGUUUUUUUUUAUUAUUUUUAAGAAAUAUUUACGCCAUUCUUUUAAUACAAAGUGUUAAUUUCACAAUAUAUUUGUCCGGUUAUGAGUAUUACUUGUGUGCAAUUCCCAUCUUUGGAUAAAUAAUCAUAAUCGUCAAAAUGUAUGCAUUAAAGGCAUACUCCAGGCACCCAGACCACUUCUGACCAUUGGAGUGGUCUGGAUGCAAACUCCCACUACCCUUAACCCUGCAAGCGUAAUUAUUGCAAUUUUCAUAAACUGCAAUAUUUACCAUGCAGGGUUAAGUCCUCCUCUAGUGGCUGUCUAUCAAACAGCCACUAGAGGGACUUCCGUGUUCUUAGAACACGAAAAGUAUUUUAAGCAACGCUGGACGUCCUUGCGCUAUGUGAGGACCUCCAUCGUCCCAGAAAUCCCCGUAGGAAAGCAUUGAAUAAUGCUUUCCUAUGGGGAGCUCUAAUGCGCGUGUGCGGCCAUUGCCGAGCAUUAGGUCUCCCCCGCCGGCGGGGGAGGGGAGUAGGCGGAGCCUGACCAGUGCAGAGGGACUCCGGUAAGUCCCUGAAGGGGUUUUAACCCCUUCAGCAACUUGGGAAUAUGGGGUGGGAGGGAUAGGGGCAUUAGAGAGUCCUGCAGUGCCAGGAAAAUGAAUGUUUUCCUGGCACUGGAGAAUUCCUUUAAGUGUCCUUUAUGCUGAGAUUCCUUAAAAUAUAUUUAGACGUACCGGCCGGUGGGCGGGAUCAGUCUCGCCCACUGGCCGAUGCAGUCAGAAGGAGGAGCGGCGCGGAGGGAGAAGCAGCGACGUGGGACAUCGUCGCUGCCUCAGGUAAGUUACUCAAGGGGUUUUCACCCCUUCAGCAACCGGGGAUUGGGGGGUUGGAGGGAGAGGGGACCUGCAGUGCCAGGAAAACGGAUUGUUUUCCUGGCACUGGAGUUUCCCUUUAAUAAAUUGGUGGUAGCUGAAGGUGACGCAACAAAGGAAAACAUAUUAGAGAUCUGUUGGUUGUAGUAGUAGUGUGUACGUAUGUAGGCACCAGAGGUUUCAGUGAAAGUUGUUCUUUAAAGGUAUGUGUAGUGCCAGUGAACAAUCUCUCUUAACUCUAGUAAUUAGAAAAUUGUUCAUUAUCUCUUGGAUUACAGUUGGUGUAGCCGGUGUGCUCUCAUCAAUGUAAAAAUAUUCUGUAUUCUGAUUUUACAGUGUGUAUAUGCUUAUGAAACUUUACACUUUCUAACACAGGUCCUGAUGCUGAUAGAUGCAAGUUUUGGUUUUGAGAUGGAAACAUUUGAGUACUUAAACAUCUGUCAGGUGCAUGGUUUUCCUAAAAUCAUGGGUGUUCUUACGCAUUUGGACUCUUUCAAGAACAACAAGCAACUGCGCAAGGUCAAGAAAAGGUUAAAGCACAGAUUCUGGACAGAGGUCUAUCAGGUGAGGGACUCUGCCAUUCAGUAUAUACCAAGGUACCUUACCGGUUAAGUAGCCUUGCCCACGGAGUCAAACUGUUUGCAACAAACAUAUGUGGUGAAAUUGUCAAAUGAACUAAAGUAAUGUACCUUCUUACCCUUCUUACUGUGCAGGGAGCCAAGCUUUUUUAUUUAUCUGGGAUGGUGUAUUCUGAAUACCAGAAACAAGAAAUACGUAAUCUAGGAAGGUUUAUUUCUGUCAUGAAGUUCCGGCCUCUGAUAUGGCAAACUUCCCACCCGUACGUUCUGGCAGACAGGUGAGAUUAUCCUUCCUUCUACUUUGCACUAGAAAAGUUGAACCAUGUUCUUAACUCUUGUGAAUCUGUAAAAUGUUCUCUUUGAUGCAAUAAUGGUUAUGACGUAAGUAGUAUCAUUGACCCCUUUCUCAGUAGUGGCCCCCUUUCUCAGCAGUGGAACAAACCAAUUAUUAACGGUUUUCACUCUUACCUAGUCCUGCCAGGUGUCAGCUUUCCUCUAUGUUUGGAUGUGACCCCAUCCAGCGUCUGCGGAGCCGGCUGCCAAUCCUGCUGGCCAUUCAUUGGCUGAGAGUGUCAGUUGACAGUUUUCAGCCAAUAUUUGCUAUUCUGUGCAUAAUAAUAUGUUUAGAAUUGGCAUUAGCCUCUUGGAAGGCUUGAGAAUAAAUAUUUUGAAUUUUUUUCGAUACAUAUUUGAAUCCUGUGCUUUAAACAGAUGUUCUGACUAUUCUCUGCUAUUAUUUUCUUGUCUGACGUUGAAUUGUUCUGGGUGUAGUUUUCUGACCAUAUAGCAUUUAUAUAAUAACAAAUUUAAUAUCCAAAUCAUAUACAUUUAGGGAUAUCUUGUGGAAUAUAAUAUAUGAUCCAGUUAUUGGUGCUUGGGCAGAUAUAGAGAGAUAGGGUUGUACAUAUAAGUGUAAUAUAUAGAUACAUAAAGCUUUGAUUCUGUAUAAGAAAUGUAAAAAAUAUACACCUGGAAUUGUGUUUAAAAAAAUAAAUAAAUGUAAACACUCAAAUCCAGAGCUUAUCAUUCUGAGCUAUGGAAAUUAUGGAACAAGAUUCAGUCUGAAAUAUCUAGCAGGGUUUUAUGGGAUAGAUAAUUUAUCCCCAAAGAGCAGUUAGUCAUCACAUACGCCUAAUAAACUGAUAGCAGUCAUGCCACAGCUACUACCAGUUUAUACACAGCCGAGUUUGCUGUUUAUUAAACUGAGAUUUGUCUUACUAUCGGCUGAGCCAUGGACUGCAAAGGUGCUGUCCAAGGCUAGUCUCCCUCCCUUUCUUUUAGCGUGAGACCUCGAGUGUGGGUGGCAUGCCCAUGACGCACACACACUACAGGGACAUUGACACUGGCAUCCUGGAACCACCUCGGACUGACUUAUAGUUGCAGUGAGAAUGGGUUCAUGGCACUCUGAGCACCACGCACUUUACAUAAUGCAAAGUACUUAUAUUGUGUAGACUGACGCUUUAAAAGUAACCUGUCCCUUUCAAAAGCAGAAAAGAGCUUCCACAACGCAUGUUAGCAGCCCCCGGCCCGCCGCAUGGCGCAGCCGUGCCUGACCGGCAUAACCUCGACGAUAUUGCGAGCUUACCUGCGAGCCUCUGAAACGUUCCGCCGCGUCUUCUGUGUGUUGCGCCCAAAUCAAAGAUGGCGCUGACCAUGUGGUCGCUCACACCACAAGCGCCGCACCUCAAAUUUAUACGGACGUGAGCAUGACGUCACAACGUCAACGCAAACGCACGUUCUGGGGUCAGAGGUCGCACUCUGACCAAUCAGAGCCCAGAGAGGGAUAUUUAACUCCCUAAUUCACUCCAGUUUCUUGCCCUGUCGUGGUUUCCUGUUCCUGGUUCCCAAGAAUGCGUUUAUCUUUGUGAAUAUUACUUCCUGGUAUCCUGAUCUUGGCUUUUCCCUGGUUAUUCCGAAUUCUGGUUCCACUGACUUGGCUUGUUUUAACGGUAUCUGAGUAUUUCUGGCUUCCUUGACCUCGGCUUUCCCUUUGACCAUUCUCUAUCUCUAGCGUAUUAGCCAUUCUAAGGUCCGGUUUACGCUCUGUCCUUUUAUUUCCUUUCCUUUUUUUAUGUAUAUGUUUACAUAGUUUCUGCGUGUUGGACCACACUAGCAGCCGUGACAGCGGCUUUGGCUAGAGCAGUAAUAGGCAAUCUCCGGCACUCCAGAUGUUGUGGACUAUAUCUUCUCCGAUAUUUUGACAGCAUUAAGGCUUUGAAAGCAUUAUGGAAGAUGUAGUCCACAACAUCUGUGUGCCGGAGGUUGUCUGCCCCUGCGCUAGGGAAUAUAGGAACAAAGUGACUGAUGUCACUCUGUUCAGAAGCCAAUUUGUACGUGUUAUGAAGUUCAGAAGAGACCGGGCGGUGUGGGCAGACUGGAAAUGGAUGUUACAGAACAGGAAAACCCACCUCUGCAAGGAAAAUGCGUUGCAGGAAUUGAGAGUCGGACAAGUCCUGACAGAUGCCAUGAUAUGCCUUCAUCUGUCAUCAGUUUACUUCAGUAUGAAGCUUGCAUGGUAACCUGACCAGUGCUUGUCACUACAUUGUUUCUACAGUGAGAGAUUGUUUGCUUAUGUUAGCAGUCAUCUGUAGCAGUGAGGGAUACAAGUGUACCAAUGUGGUAGUGAUGGGAAGUGACCUGUAAUCUGACUGAGUAUUUAGCACUACUCUGGAAUGAUGUCAGGAGGUGCCUUUAGACUGAUCAGCUGGGGUUCUGCAGAACACCAAUUGGGGUUCCGCCAAAAGUUUAAACAAUAAAAUGGCCGCUGGGGGUGAGGGAGUAGUAAGCAGUGAUCGCCCGUCCAGCUCCCUCGGGCGCACAGCAGUGAUGCUGGAGCCGGAAUAUGUCACUCCGGCAUCACUAAGAGGCGCACGAGGGAGCUGAGCAGAGAGAUCACUGCUCCGUCACAUGCCAGCUGCUCAGCAGCCCCACUGGACCCCAGGGACUGCAAGCUCAGCAGCACAUUGGACCCCAGGGACUCCAUGCCAACACUUCUAAAGGUAGGGGGGCUGGGUGGAGUAGAAUGUAAAAGAAAAUUGUAUGUGUGUCUGUUAGAGAGUUUGUAUAUGUUUGUGUGUCUGUCAAAGAGUAUAUGUGUGUUUGUCAGUGAGUGUGUGAGUGUAUGUGUUUGUCAGUGAGAAUGUAUCUGUUCUUGUCAGUGAGAGUGUAAAUGUGCUUGUUUGUGUCUCUGUCAACGAGUAUGUAUGUUUGUCAGUGUGUGUAUGUGUCACUGUGUGUAUCCAAGUGUAUGUGUGUGUCAGUGUGUAUCUGUGUGCCAGUGUGUGUAUCUGUUUGUCAGAUACAUAUACAUACACAGAGAUACACACUGGCGCAAACAAACACAGACACACACACCUUGACACACACACACACACACACACACACACACACAGUGUGUCAAGGUGUGCCACUAUGUGCCAGUGUGUGUGUAUCUCUGUCAGAUAUAUAUAUAUACACACAUACACACAUUGACACAUACAAGCACAGUUAUAAACACCUUGACACACACUGGCACAUACAAAAAACUUCACAAAUGUUGAUACACUAUGUCAAAGGGUUCCACGGGAAAAAUUAAUUGGGAGCCCCUGAUCUUGGCCAUCUCAUUGAUAGCUUAGGGAGCACUUAGUUAUCACCUAAAAUACUUCAGCAAGCUGGAAUUUAGAGGUCUGGAGUGUUCGUUUAAUAUGGCAAAUUUCUCUGUAUAUUCACAGUAUACACAACCUGCAAACAAAAUUAUGUUUCACAAUGCACAAAUCUAAUAUAAAAGUAAAAAAAUUAUGUAAUUGAGAAAUAACAUUGUAAGUAUAUGGAACAUAUAUAAACCGUUUUUGUUGUGACAAUAGUCUUUCUUGUAUGUCUCAUUACAGUUGGUGUUUGUGUUUUCCUGUCUUAUCUGUAUUAUUUCCUUUUAAUCCCUUUAUCCUAGUCUGUCUCCUGCCUCCACACUUAAACAUGGCUUAAAUUGAUUAGCUGUGCACCCCCUGCUGUUUGUCCUGAUAGUCUUUGAUAUCUUUGACUCUUUGGUUUUUAGAUGAAUAGACUUCUCUUUCUUUAAUAUAGUGCAAGUGUCACAUAUUGUUCAGUUUAGGCCAAGAACAUUUUUUGACUUUGUGUGUUUUUUUUUUUUUUUUUAACUACGAUUAUUUUUAGUAACCUUUUAAUAUUUUUAUUUUCUGUUUAAUUAUAAUAUUCUUUGUAGCCACAUAUAUUGUGUGUGUGUGUGUGUGUGUGUUUACACACACACACACACAUAUACAUACGAGAUGUUGAAAAGAUGUUGAAAAGAGCACUCCAGAGGAUUUGUUUAACAAGCUUUAUAUGUGAUUCAAAAUGAUCAACGUUUCAACCCAAGAGGUCUUUGUCAAGAUUUUUUUUUUUUUUUUUUUUUUUUAAGACUUUUGUGGACAGUUGUAUGUCAGAUGGAUAAGUAAAAAUGUUGACGUUUUGUUAACCUUUAAAAGAUAAUUGCUUUUGCAUAGGAAUUAUUGUUUAGCCUAUGCAUUUCAGUCAUCCAAAAAUACAACCCCGCAAACCAUUUGAUACGGAGUGGGGUUUUUAUUCUGCUUACAAGUAAUGCAACAUAAAAAUGUGUAUUUUGCAUGUCUCAAAAAGCGACACGCAUAAAAUUAAGAGAAACACAAUUUUAAGUAAUAACAAGGACUUUGGGAGUGGCUGGAGAAGUGCCUCGGUAGGGGAUGUAUGCGUGUAUAACUAAAUAUUAACUAAAACAUCUGUAAAGGAAUGGAAAUCAAGAAGUAGCAGAGUAGGUUUAUGCACUUUAUUCCACCAGCUUAGAUUUAUUUUCCCUUCUUAGGAUGGAAGACCUGACCAAUCCAGAAGAUUUAAGACUGAAUCCAAAGUGCGACCGAAAAGUUUCGUUGUAUGGGUAUCUGCGGGGGGCAUAUCUGAAAAAUAAAAGCCAGGUUCAUAUUCCAGGUUUGUUCCAUGUCCAAUCUUGUCAUUACUCAUUUCGAUCAUUCUUAAUAGGAUCCCAAUAAAUUACAAAAGGCAUUGACUCAUACGGGGGUAGGCAAUGUUCGUCACUUCAGAUGUUGUUUACUACAUUUCCCUUAAUGCUCUUAAAGCCAUAAUGCUGGCAAAGCAUCAGGGGAGAUCUAGUCCACAAGAUCUGGAGGGCAAAAAGUUGCCUACCCUUGGGCUAGUAUUUAAUCUUUAAGGUAGUUGUAUGUGGGAAAAAAUAUCUUUUUUUGUAAAUAAACGCUUUAUUUUUAAGAGGACUUAUUGAAUUAACAGGACUUAAGUCUGGUUCACUACUUUGCUUGAUUUCGUUGAUAUAAUAAAAUCCUGAAAACUUACACUGUUGUUGUUAUUUGGAAUCUUUAAACUUGUUAUAAUUUACUACUCACAUGGGAUGAAUCCGUUCAGUGCAUAGAAUCCUUCAGAAUUCAUCUUGUAGAAGUCUGCUCAGUAAACGGAGUUAUGGUGUGUUGAUAACCAAAUUGCAGAAUGUCUGUCACUCAGAGAAGAUUUUUUUUGGCAGUCAAAAAUUGGAACCACAUUGUCCACUCGCCUCUACUUACUGUUUACUUAAUAAACCAGAGAAUGGAUUUUUUUUUUUUUUAAAUUUAUUUCUAAAUGUCCUUUUUGUAGGAGUUGGGGAUUUUGCUUUGGAUGAUGUUAGCUUCCUGCCAGAUCCCUGUCCACUUCCCAAUCAGCAGAAGAAGCGAUCUCUGAAUGAAAGAGAGAAGAUGAUUUAUGCUCCACUUUCAGGUGUCGGAGGUGUUGUGUAUGAUAAAGAUGCUGUGUACAUAGACCUGAGCGCAAAUCAUGUCCAGCAAGAGCAACAGGUAAAGAAACAGCACAAAUUUAGUGCUGAUAUAGAAGUUAUUUUGUGCAGUAGCUUUUUAUAGGUUUACCAUUAAUGUGUAGGUAGGAUAAACUGCACAAGCCUGUCAUAGGAGGAAAUAGUGAGAUGAUUCACUGAAAUAGAGUAGAGAAGUAUUUACUAAAUUUAGUAUUGUGUAGAAUUAAUGAAGGUAUUGUAAAGUUUAGUCUGUUAUAAACCUUUUUUCUAGUGAGACAAGCAAUUUUGUCCAUAUAAUAUUUGUGUUACCCAGAUUAGGAUUGUUAUCCCCAUUAGAAUGUAUUUUUUUUUUUAUGUUCAUGUUAGAGAAGCUUUAACGGAAAUGUUCACAAACCGCUUGAGUGACAAGCUUAGCCAUCACUGCUCAAGUAUGUACCAUGUCAGAAUGACAUAUACAGUCUAGACCCCUAAUUUUACCCCAAAAAACUGGGAAAACUUAUUGACUCGAGUAAAUUACUAGGGUGGGAAAUGCAGCAGCUACUGGUAAAUUACUAAAUAAAAUUAGAUCCCCCCCCAAAAUUAUAUUAAUUGAAUAUUAUUUACGGUGUGUAUAUAAUGAAUGCAGUGUGUGUAUAGAAUGCAGUGUGUGUGUGUGUGAGUGCAGUGUGUGAUGCAGAGCCUUGGUGGGGGAGUGGGCAUUUUUUAAUUUUUUUUAUUAUAUAUAAUAUAAUAUUAAUAUUUUUUUUAUUUAUAUUUAUUUUCAUUCCCCCUCCCUGCUUGUUAGCUGGCCAGGGAGGGGGGCUCUCAUUCCCUGGUGGUCCAGUGGAUGGGCUGUGUAGGAGGGGGGCUGGCAGCGAGCUGUAACUUACCUUUCCUGCAGCUCCUGUCAGCUCCCUUCUCUCUCCUCCGUUCCGGUCAGCUCCCUUCUCCACUGUAAGUCUCGCGGCUGCGCGGAGCGUUCCCCGUUGCUCUCGUGAGAUUUACAGUGGAGCUGACAGGGGAGCUGACCGGACCGGAGGAGAGAGAAGGGAGCUGACAGGAGCUGCAGGAAAGGUAAGUUACAGCUCUCUGCCAGCCCCCAACAGGACUGCCGGGCUUGUAAUGAGCCCGGCGGUCUUGGUCUGUAUUAUGGCAAUGUAAAUUGCCAUAGUGCAGACAUUAACUAGAGUAUAAGUUGAGUGGGGGUUUUUCAGCACGAAAAAUGUGCUGAAAAACUCGACUUAUACUCGAAUAUAUACGGUAGUUGUAAUUUCUGCUGUUUUUUUAUUUUUUUGCAGCGAGCCAAAAAACCUUCCCAUGAGCUGGUUCAAAGCCUUAUUUCCACCAAUGUCACCAUUGAUUCAAAGAUGUCUACUAGCAAAGUAUCUCUUUUUACAAACUCCAAACCCUUGGCUGUGGAGGAUGUUGAAAAGAAAGCGUAAGUCCCUUAAUUUGUACUAUCAUGCUUAUGUUAGUGACCUGUAAUAGCAUAUUUAUUAUUACUGCUUUUAAUUCUAUUAAUAUUCAUUUUGUUUCCAUGGAUGUUUUCAUCCUUCUGUCUCCAUCAGGUUUGUGAUGCCAACAGAAGAAAAAGUAUUGGAGGAUGGCCGAAUUAGGCGAAAAGCAGUCUUUAAAGAUGGAGAAUCUGGAGAAAAUGAUGAGGAGGAGGAGGAGGAUGGGGAGGAGGAUGGUGAGGAUGGUGAGGAGGAGGAGGAGGAUGGUGAGGAUGAGGAAGAGGGAACAGAUAAUGAUGACAAUGAAGAAGAUAAUGAGGUUUCAGAACACACGGAAGAGGACCUAGGAGAAAGUGAAGAAGAAGAUACACCUGCAAAACUGUCCCCAGGUCCAAGAGCUUCUAAACGACCUAAAAUAGAGAAACAUGUUGUAAAGCCCACUGUGGAGAUGCCUGCUUUUGCAGAUAGUGAUGAUGAUCUGGAGCAUAGUGAUGAUGAAGAAGAGGGAAGUGAAGAGGAGGAGGUUGAUAGUGAAAGUGAGGAAGAUAAUUCAGUUAGUGAAGGAGAGAGUGAAGAGAAUACUAUACAGAGGAAAUGUAGCACAAAAAAGGCAAGAAAGCUCACUGAUAAGAAAUCUGCUCAAGCACUGGACAGUGGGAAUUGCACCGGAGAGGAUGCAGUGUCGUCUUCUGAAGAUGCAGAGCAAAUGGACACAGAUGACACGGCUUCUGAAGAGGAACAGGCUGAUGACAGUGAACCUGGGGACACUAGUGAAGAAGAAAGUGGUGGUGAGGAAGAUUUGCUAAAAGAUGAGGAUGAGGACUUGGAUGAAGGUGGCGACAUAUCUUCUGAUACAGUCGGUGAGUUCUUUGCCUAACACCCAUUUCUCUAAAGAGGGGAUGUUUAUGUAUUUUAGUAGUAUAGACAAAAUAAUGCCUCUUAAUGAGAAUAAAAAAAUUUGAACAUUUUCAACUAUUUUCCAGGUGCACUUAAGUGGAAAGAAGAUCUGAAAAAAAAAGCAGCAGAAGUUUUCCUCCGACAGCAGUCCACCCCUAAUAUCCGCAAACUUGUAUAUGGCACAGGUAUGUGUUUAAGUGUAUUCAUCUAGGCUUUGUAGAUUUGGAAUAAGUAAAUAUGGACUAGGUUAAGGAAAGGACUCUUAAACACCUCUAACUAUUUAGUUACGUUUUAUUGGGGAAUGUGGAAAUGUGCAAAAUCUUUGAAAUAAAAAUGUCAAUUCCAUUCUGUAACAGAUCGUACUAAAAGUCCAACACAUUUUCCUGGUUAGAGCUGCCAUGAUAGGUACCUGACAUAGAAAUGUAAAAUAACUCAGUCCAUUUGUAUUUAAGUACCAUAGUAAUGGUUUGUUUUUUCUUACAGUGGCUGAAGAGGAAGAAGAAAAGGAACGUGGAGAUGAUGCGCUGGGAGGUUUAUUUCAUGUCAAUCGUCCUGACAAAGAAUCCAGAAGAGCUGCUAAUGCACUUGACUGCUCCAAAUUUGUGGCUGACAGUACCCAGGACUGGGAUCUAGAAGAGGUAUCACAGCUAAGAAAUUGUUGACUGUCAGAUUUAUUAUAACUGCAAUGUAAAGAAAAAUAGUCCACUUCAAUACAUUUCCUGUCCUUUUAUUCAGGUGCACAGUAGAUGAAUAUAACCAUAUCCAAUAUUACAAGAUCCAUGUUAUUGAUGCCUAGUGGAGUCUGUUGAAGCCCAGUACAUGACCACCUUCUUCCAUUCUGGCUAAAGCCAUUAGAAUAUGUUAAAAGAAUGCUCCAGUGCCCAAUUACAAAAAUAUAAAAUCCCCUUUUAGCAAAUAUACCCCCAGUGAAACCAUGCCUGUAUUUAAUUGUUUUUUUUGAUUGGUGGUAUAUGUGGAUCUGCUGCCCUUGCAGGCUAUCCUAUGUCCAAUCACAGACUUUUCAAUACAGCUUUAUGAAAAGUCUUUGCAAGGCAGGUGCUCUGGGCAAUUAUCUGUCUCUUGAGUUUUGCUCUACUUAGCAAAAGUACCCGUAUGUAACGGGACUGGUUAUUUGAAAGCCUGAGGGGUGUUAAUUUAAUGAAAACAAAAGAGAGAACACACUGUUCACACACAAAACAGUUGAGCAAGCUAAAGUGAUUUAGUUGUUUGGAGUGUUCACUUAAGUCUGUGUAUGUUGCCAUGUAUACAUAGAGCUUUAUAAUGCAACUCUCUUUCCCCAAGACUUUAUCUUUAGAACCAACCUGAUCGGUAUGGAGACAGUGGCACAGUAACAUAUAGAAAUAGGGAAAAAGAAUCUAAACAUUCUUACCAAAUGGUUCUUGGAAGGUGGGAUCUCUCCCCACCAAAAACCAAACACUAAGACAGAUAUCUACAAUCAGAGGUGGCAUAAUAGUAAUUUCUUUGUUGUAGUAAAACAUGAAAAGUUCACAUGUAGGGGCAUUGCACAGGGUGAGAGGGAGUGCCUUAUCAGCACAAAACGCGUUAAGCGUCUUUACUGUGGGGAUCUCCUUCCCCUCUGCACCAUGAGAACUUUUAUGGUCUACUUUUGAUUUAUUACAAUAAAGGUACACGUUUUUACUCCUCCUGACUCUGUGUACCUGUCCUUCAAUCCAAAGCAGAGUCCAGGCACUCAAGUUGUUGUAUUAGUAGGAGAUUUACUAGAACAGAGCUACAGGCAAUUUUCAACUCCAUAAUGGAGUCUUUAUCAAGUCACAAAGUCCCCAACCAAAAAUAUAUAUUUAUAUAAUUCAAAGUGUUAGAGUGUUCUGUUGUAUCGGACACUCCGCUAAGAGAAAGUGGAAAUGACGUAUUGUCAAAACCACGUUCCAGAAGUCAGAAGCCAGACUGCAAAAACCGCCACAUCGAUCGCAACCCAUGACUACAUACAAAAGCCCUGGUAACUGUCUAGACAUGUUUGAAUGCAGUUGUGCAACUUUCAAGUCCAAACAAAAAUGAAAACAACAUAUAAUCAAUCCAGAAACAUAAAGUGACAUUUUCAUACAGUUUUGUUUUUAUGUGCCUCGUAUAGGUCAUGGACUGCAUCAGAGAUUGCUUUGUCACCGGAAAAUGGGAAGCAGACAAAGAUGCUGAAAAACUGCUGCAAGAAGAUGGUGAGUGUGUGUGUUAAAGAGGAAUGACAGUUUGUUAAAUAUUUUGUGAUCAUUAUCAAAACCUUGUUACCGGGUGGUUGGGUACACUUUAAAAAAAAAACAAAAAAACCCCGACAUAUUACACAAAUAGAUGACAGCACCACAAAUCUAAAGGAACUGUACACGCACACUGCUUCAAUGUGUAUUAACCAGUCCUAUGAAUGUAGAUUUGUCGUUUGGCUUAUUUGACACCGUAAGUAAUUUACACAAUGACUUUUUGUCAGAACAUGAAUACAUAGCAAUAAAGGAUUUGGAGGUCCGUGACUAAAAUGGGGAUUUGUUAAUGAAUGAUAUAAAGGAAUUUAAUGACAUAAAUGCCUAUACUGGGGGAUAUUUUUUUUUUUUUUCAUUUUCUUUCAACUAAGCUGUGAUUUUGUAUUUGUUGCAAUUUAUUGUUUUUGUUUGUAAACCCCUUUUGUCAGACAUGGCUGUCUAAAUGUAUUUGGUUUACCUUUUUGCUAAAAUAAUGUUGGUCAUAGCGAACAGUGAAAUAUCAACACAUUACAAGACGUACAACUGAAAAAUUGUGUCUUUGGUUGUUGCCCUGAAUAAAUCUGAACAUUUACAAUCCUAGCCAAUAAUCUUCUUACAUAAUUCCAGAGGAGGUUUAUGGAGAUUUUGAAGAUUUGGAGACCGGGAAGGUGCACAAAGGCAAGCCUGAAUCGGAAGAAGACGACGAGGUAUGUGUGAAAACACUUUGCAUCUAUUCCUCUACAGCAGCAAACGACCAAAUCCAUUCCUGCUGUUCGAUAAUAUGAACAAUAAGAAUGUCACAGCCUUCAAAUAUGAGUAACCUAAAGUUUAGAGGACUGACAUGCAGGACAGGCUCUUACACAGAGUGUGUGUGUGUGUGUGUGUGUGUGUGUGUGUGUGUGUGUGUGUGUAUAUAUAUAUAUACGCACGCACGCUCUUCACCUUCCCCCACCCCCCUCCAAAAACAGAUACAUUAAGAUUGUACCAAUAAUAACACAGAACUCUGAGACAGAGGGGUAAAUCCUUAUGGCUGUGCCCCUUCCUGGUCAGAUUGUGUGAAAGCUACAGUCAAAAAGAAACUAGCUGACAACGAUUAAGGGGAGAUGACUAAUCUCAUAAAUCCCAGCCAGCCAGAUAAUGUUGGGGACAGUAUAGCUAAGUUUUUAGCACAUAUUCAGAAAAAAGAGCUUGUACAAAACUGAAAAAAAAAAGGAGAGAACCUCCAGAAACCAAAAAAAUCAAGACUGUAUCAAUAAUACCAUGAAACUAUAUUAGACAGAGGGGCAAAUGCUUACGCCAAUGCCCCCUGUUGUUGGUCAGAUUAUAUGAAAGCUACAGUUAGACUAACAAUUAAAAAUGUAAAAAUGAAAGUGAAAAUAUCAAAAUUUUGACAUUUUGUUUGAUUUUAGAAAAAUUGAUCAUGGUAUAUAAAAAAAACAAACACCAAAAAGGAUUUGCUGUGCAUACAUAAUAGAUGAAUGUCUAGGUUACUCAUUGUACUCUUAUAGCAAUAGAAAGUGUAACUACAAAAAUGCUUAUAAUGAGUAUUUCUCAUUCAAGCCUUUGGGCAAUACGGUAUCCAAAGUUCUGAUCGAGAAUAGUUCCCUUUGUAAUAGUAGUCGCUUGCGGUCAGCACCACAUCGAAUUGGAGGGAUGUGGUCAAUUGCUCUGAUUUUCAAAGUCAGUAUUCGAUGUUUCAGUUCCAGAAAGCAUUUAGCUACAGGUAGUUUUGAACUUUGGUCCCUGUAAGCAAUUCUGAUACUUGAACAGUGAUUUCUGAUCCUUUCUCGUAGUGGGAGAUCUGUUUUGCCUACUUAAACUAAGCUACAGGGGCAUAUGAGUUUUAUACACCACGUAAUCCCUGGUGCAAGUCAGUCUGUCUAAAAGUGAAUUAUCUGCCAGUAUGUGGAUGGGAAAAUGUUUUUGCUGGGUGUUAUUGGUCUAAAAGUAAUGCAACCUAAACAUCUGUAGCAGCCCACAUUGUGAAAUCAUUUUUUGUUUAGAUAUAACAAUGUAUGGGAUAGGUUUACACCAGCAAGUCUAUUAAAUUCUCACCCCUCCGGUAACACAUCAUGGGUUGUUCAUGGAAUUGUUUUGGCAGUUUGGUGUUGUUUUUAAGUCUUCGCCAAUUCUUGUCAGUCGUCUUCUUGAAUUGUUGGAGUAAGUAGUAGGAAAGACCAAAUGAUUAGUAUUCUUAAUUGAAGAUUGAGUUACUAUAUUGCAUUUCUCUAAAGCUCAUUGAAGCACCUUGUUACUGUACCCCCUGGCCUUAAACUUCUCCCACAUCUCUUACAUUAGUAGGAUUAGAGUUCUUCCUUAUGACGAUGAGAUAUUGCCAGUAUGGGAGUGAAACUUUAAAGGACCACUAUAGGAAACCAGACCACUUCAGCUCAAUGAAGUGGUCUGGGUGCCAGGUAUCCCGGUAGUUUUAACCCUGCAGCUGAAAACAUAACAGUUUCAUAGAAACUGCUAUGUUUACACUGCAGGGUUAAUCCAGCCUCUAGUGGAUGUCUCCCUGACAGCCACUAGAGAAUGAUUACGUGAUAUACAUGGACUAAAUUGCACUUAUUUGACGCUGGACGUCCUCAUGGAGUCCAGUGCCAAAAAAGAUCCCCGUAGGAAAGCAAUGAGUAAUGCUUUCCUAUGGGUAGGUUUGAAUGCGCGACCCCCUCUGGCCGCGCAUGCGCCUUCGGCUCCACUUGAGAGUUGAUGUCGAUGGAGGAGCUCAGCGCUGGAAUAAGGUAAGCAAAUAAAUGGUUACUUAACCAUUUAUUCGCCGCGGAAAGGCAUCAGUAUAUGGGAUUCCCCAAAUAUAUACAUGUUUCCAUUAGCGUACAGGGGGUGUCUUAGCAAGGAAUAAUAGCAGAGUAGUGUGAGGAAUUAUUCAAAACUGUGGGCAUAGCCUCAAUCCCUUCAUUGUGGGGAAUGAUUGUAUAUAGACUUUUUACGUCACAGGUGAAAAAUAGGACAAAGUGUCUGGUAAUAUAAGCCCUCUGUGAAGAACCAAUUGGGGGUGUCUUUAAUGCACGAUUCUCAGCUGAGACUAUAGAUCUCCCCGGUGGUUUUGUGCAGUGUUUAUGGAUCUUGGGUAGAAUGUAUAUACUAGGAGACCUUGGAUUUUAUUUGAUUUUAGAAGAUCUUGAUAGAGGUCCUGUGUGAUGUAGUCAGCAUCUAGGCCUUGUUGUAAAGUGGUCUGAAAGUUGUGUAUCAUGUCAGAGGGUAGGUUUAUUUGGGAUAAUAGUUCAUUCUGGUAAUCCUCAUAAUUAAGAACAAUUCCCCCACCUUUGUCUGCUGGUCUAAUUACCGUUUUUGGAUCUUUUGCCAAAUUCUCGAUGAUAGAUCUUUCUUUCUUUGAUAUGUUUGUGAAAAAGUUUACUUUGUUGUUCAAGUAUGUGGCUGACUCAUGUUUCACUGCUCUCAGGAAUGUUAUAAGAGAAGAUUGAGAAAAAUAAAGUUGACCCACUACCGAAUCAAUCUGAACUAUUAAAUCACUUUAUAUCAGCCUUAAUAUUCAUAAAAUAUUAUCUAGGUGCUUAGAUGCCCCUGUACUUUGCCUCUGUGCUUCGUCAAAUGUAAUAACCAAAGUAUGAAAAAUGCAUCAACCAGGCAAUUAGGGAUUUUUUUUUAUAUAUAUAUAUAUAUAUAUAUAUAUAUAUAUAUAUAUAUAUUUUUUUUUUUUUAAUACAUUUGUAGAAUUCUGUACGUGCUUGCACAAUUUCUAUUUCCUUAUGUAUUCUUAAACAGUUUGACUAGUUGUUCUGAGUGGGCUUCAGGGCACUCCUGGCAUAAUAACCAUUACAGGGAACUGUGGUGGUUAUGGUGCGUGGGGUGUUCCUUUAAAGCUCAGGCUUAUUUAUCAAGUGAUCAUGUAUAAAGCUGGUUUUGUUUUAAAUUCAUUUCAAACAAAUCACAGAAUUCUCUUGCAGACGGUUUUCCUGUUUGAAUUUUUUUCAGUUCUCUCUGCCUUAACUAGGAAUAAUUUAUAUUUUAUCUUUCCAUUUUAAAAUAUUUAGAAUGAAGAUGAGAAUGAAGGUAAAGGGGUGGAAGCACCAGCAGACGAAGAUGAGCACAAGAAGCGUCUGGAUAAGAAGCGAAAGCUGAAAGAAAGAUUUGACAUGCAGUAUGACGGUGGGGAUGAUGAUGCCACGUACUUUGAUGACCUCAAGGGAGAGAUGCAAAAGCAGGCAGAGGUCAGCAUUAAUAGAACACCCAACAGUAAAUGAUACUUUUCACGAAUACAUACCCUUUCUACUAUACUUGUACAAAUAGUCCUCACUAAUAACUGAAACCUCUUUAUGAAAUGAUUUGUUGCAUAAGCAUAGUACAGAAAGAACUUUAAUGAAAAAGCAAAGAGAGAGUGUCAGGCUGGAGUGUGGCGUAACCCCUAAAUAACACACCUUACAAACCAAAAAAGAGAGAAAAAUGGAAAGAACCAGGCCUACGGUAUAUAAAACAUAACUUUCAAAUAUAAAUAUAAAACAUAAUAAAUGGGAGUUUCGGGUACAGUCCUAAAGGUAUCUAUCGGAAAAGAAUCUACAUAUAUUAUGGGAAAGUGUAUAUCAAAGGACUAAUCAGUAGAUAAGACCCUAUAAGCAGUAGAAGACAUAAAGGUGAAAGAUGGACAAAAAGAAAAUAUUAAAUGUUUUCUAAUAAUAUACAUCAUAGAAUGUUUGUUUUUCUGUCAAUGCUAGGGUCUCCUUUGACUGUACUGAGACAUUCCAAUGCAGAAUGCAGGGUUCCAUUUGGAACCACAAUCAAUUUGACCUUAUUUUGUAAAAUAAAGCUUAACUGCAAAAUAGAUAUUGAGAUUUUUAGAAUGACCCAAUUGGAUUUUCUUUCUCAUAUUCCCCUCCCCCCACCAUUUUGGUUUAUAUAUUGUUAUGGUUUUCCUCAUUUUGCCCACACUUGUUUUUUUUUAUUGUGAAUUACAAAAAGAAACCAUGGGGUUCCUUAUUUUGUGCUGCUGGAUUUGCUAUGAAACAUCUGUCGGAAUCCAAAAUCACCUUACAAAGAUGGACAGAGCUUUGUUGUAAUAAACCAAGAAAAGCUGAUGAAUGAGGAUGUGGUAUGACGGGUACAGCAUGAUGUACAAUUCUCACCAUCUAGACAGAAAAUUUAUAUAAAAAUUUAAAACCAGUUCCUAAAUAAUUUAAUGGAGUUUAAAGGAGGUUAGUCACAGGCCUGUUGACCGUUCUGCUUUCAAUCUUUGUGUUUUUUAUUCGAAACAUUUAUAGUUGAACCGUGCAGAAUUUGAAGACCAGGAAGAUGAAAUCCGUGUGCAGUAUGAGGGAUACCGGCCAGGCAUGUACCUCCGACUUGAAAUCGAAAGUGUUCCCUGCGAGUUUGUGAUCAACUUUGACCCCCACUACCCAAUGAUCCUCGGUGGGCUGGGCAACAGUGAAGGGAACGUUGGAUACAUCCAGGUCAGAAAAAUGAAAGUGGAAAAAAGUUUUUAAGAAUGUAUUUGAAUGAAUAUGAAUUGAGUGAAUAGGUAAAAUGGUAAUAUUGUAGUACAGAAAUGAGAAAGCAGGAAGAACCUGCCUUAUGGAUUCAUCCUGCUACUUUUAAACACUUCAGAGUCUUGCUCUAGAGCAGGGAUAGGCAACCUUCGGCACUCCAGCUAUUGUGGACUACAUCCCCCAUAAUGCUCUUACACCCAUAAUGCUGGCAAAGCAUCAUGGGAGGUGUAGUCCAAAACAUCUGGAGUGCCGAUGGUUGCCCUAUGCCUGCUCUAGAGUAUUCUGUUUAACCCCAUCCUUGUGUAAACAUCAUUAAAACAUACUGUUCCUUGAAUGUAAUGAUUCCACUGUGGUAUAUGUGACUGUUUAGCUUUUAUGUGAUGUUAGUCACUUCUAAGAACUUGUUUUCAUUUUUUUUAAAUAAAUGAGAAGAAAAUAAAAAAUAUUGACCAGAUUGGCAUCAAAUCUGCAGAAAACAUCAAACCUAUAUGAAGAUGUAGAUACCAACUGAAUUGUGAACAUCUUUAUUUUGCAGUUAUAAGUUCUGGAUUUCCUACGCUUUCUGGUCCUGUCUAAAAAGUUAGAUAUGACAUUACUAUAUUUUGAUAUAGAAAUGUCAUCUAGUGUAUGCAUUGUAUUUUAAUCAACUGCUCACAAGGUGCUUAGGGUGGUCUAUUUUGGCAGAAGACUUGAUUGCAAGGGGUUACGUUUUAUUUUUUGUAAGGAAGUUGUUGGUCUAGUCAAUAUAAUUCCUCUUUAUUUACCUUACCCUAUUCAGUAUUGUCUGUUUGUUUUAAUUAGUGUUUUUAGCAAAUAGACUCAUCCAAGAAUAGCGGUAUACAAAGAUUAAAAACUGAUUCCACUGAGGUUUCACUGUUUAUUUUAGUCUUCCAUCCUACUAAUACAAUAAUAUAAUCAACUUGUUUGUAUCUCACACCAGUACUAAAUACCAUUGUAUAUACUCUUUUAACCCCCUAAGGACCAAGCUUCUGGAAUAAAAGGGAAUCAUCAAUAAAAGGGGAAAGUGGUUAAAACUUACCUCUUUCCAGCGCUGGGCGGAGAGCUCUCCUCUUCUCCUCCCCGUCGGCUGAAUGCGCACGUGCGGCAAGAGCUGCGCGCGCAUUCAGCCGGUCACAUGGGAAAGCAUUCAUAAUGCUUUCCUAUGGACGCUGGUGUGCUCUCACUGUGAAAAUCACAGUGAGAAGCACGCAAGCGCCUCUAGUGUCUGUCAAUGAGACAGCCACUAGAGGAAAUAGGGGAAGGCUUAACCCAUUCAUAAACAUAGCAGUUUCUCUGAAACUGCUAUGUUUAUGAAAAAAUGGGUUAACCCUAGCUGGACCUGGCACCCAGACCACUUCAUUAAGCUGAAGUGGUCUGGGUGCCUAGAGUGGUCCUUUAAUAUUUUAAAAUGUACAAAUACAAAAAGAAAGAGUCAGACUAAAAAUAAGAAUUUACUAUUAUAAGAUUUACCCCCCUGGAGAAAAUAUACAAAAAAGAGAAAGUAUGACGGAGCAAAACAUUUAUUAAACUGUACCUUUUAUUAGAAAUACUAAAAUAGACAACUAGUAGUCAAUUUAUAUGUCAAACACCCAUUAUUAAAUAUUAUAUUGGGAAUACUAUGAAAAUCUAUAAACUAAAUAAAUGAACAUCUCAAAAGAGCUUUUGAAAAAUAGUUCUCUUUGUAGUGUAAAAUUUAAAGUGGGCACUACCAAAUUCUAAACUUCUUGCAAGGUAACAAGAAUAUGGAAUUUACUGGGAUGAAGUAGUGAAGAUCAGUUACUUUUACAAAGACAUAUAUAGUGUAUAGUACCCUCCAAUAAUUCCACACACCGGCUAACACUGAAAAUACCGUAGAAUACAAUAAAACUGACAUUGUGGAUUACCUCAAAAUCUAGGAUAGUACAAAGGUAACUUAAGCUUUCAUAUAAAGAGCAGGAACAAUGAAGUGUAAUAGUGAUGAUGGUUAGAUAAAAAGUACUUUAAUCACUACAAAUAGAAAAAUAACAUGCAUAGUAUAAUACCACAAAGACAAAAGAAGGCAAAUGAAGCCCUUAAAAGCAGUCUCAAUAUAAUGUCCACCUUUUCAUUUUGGUACUUUUAGAAAUAUGUCAGUUCCACUUUAACCUAGUAAUACUUCGAGUUCCGAUUCUUCAUACGGAAUACUGUGCUUAUAUUCUGUUUCAUGUAUGUCACUGUACGUAACUAAGGCAUAUCUGAGCAUUGCUGUUUAUGGCACACAGAUGCGCUUGAAAAAGCACCGCUGGCACAAGAGGAUCUUGAAGACAAGAGACCCACUAAUCUUCUCACUGGGCUGGAGGCGUUUCCAGACCAUCCCGCUUUAUCACAUUGAAGAUCACAAUGGGCGACACAGGCUUCUGAAAUAUACUCCAGAGCAUAUGCACUGUGGGGCCACAAUAUGGGGUGAGUCACGAAAAUCCUUAUUUAAAAGGCAAACAAUGUCUCAUUGGACUUUUUUUAAAACUUUUUUUAAUUCUUUAUUUUGGUGUGCAUGGUGAUUAGUACAUACAAGCUCUUGGUGCUCCAACAGCAAUCCUCAAGCAUUUUGUCCAGCAUUACAUUAAGAGCAGUAGGAUAAUGAGCACAUUUUUAUAUAUUAACAGAUUCACAACAGGAACAUUCCAUCAGAUUGCAUAUAGGGUCUGGUUAGUGGCCAUUUAGUCACAAGCAGUUACCGCCCUGUUGUCUAAGAUACGUAAGCAUUUUCUGGCAGCUGAAGUAAGUAGGAUGGCUCGUUUAACCGCUAUUGCCUCUGGCUUCGUAUAGUUAGGCGUGAAGUAUAUGAACAUGCAAGCAAUACAUGCCAAGCUUACUGGUAAGCUAAGGAAACUUAUAAGAGUUAAACAAGAUGAGUUUAACACUCCACUGGUUCCUAUACAUAUACAUCAGGUUUGGGAACAGUGAGGGACAACAUCUACGCAUGUUCAGUUGCCUGAGUUAACAGAGAAUAAUCAGCGGAGAGGCGAAGUGGUUUGUUAUAGGUGUCUGUCUAUACUGCCUCUAUGGAAAGUGUGAGUAAGAAUAUACAGUUAGGUGCAUGCUGGGCUGAUUAAAGAAAGGUGGAGUAUAUCUCUGGUCUGAGUGAGCAAAAAUAAGCUGUUGCAUGGCGUGCCUAACUUAACCCCUUAAGGACACGUGACAUGUCAUGAUUCCCUUUUAUUCCAGAAGUUUGGUCCUUAAGGGUUCUCGGUGGCUUGGAGGCAACACUAAAGGAUUAAAAAAAAUAAAAUAAAAGAAAGCAUCAAACAUGUGUGAAUGCACUUUAAGUCUUUCCACCCCAGAUGACCCCCAUACCAGCAAGAUGACAGUCAAUGGUUUUGUGCCAGGAGACCCGCUUGGGUAAUAUAAUAAUGGUAGAAGGACAGGAGCCCGGGAACCGCUGUGUUGGUUGUAGUGAGAGUCCCCAUAUAGUGAGCUUGCGGUUCCGUCAAGCAUUAGAACUUAUUUUAUUAGAUUUCUUUAUGGGGUUAAAGGAAAACUCCAAGAACUAUAACUAAUAGAGAUAAGGUAGAUUCUGUUAUGGGCGUCCAUUCAUUGGCAAAGAUGAAUCAGCUGGGCUCUCUCAGCUACUGAAUUAGUUAAAUGAGUAGCUGCACAAAACAAACUGACUUUUCGUAUAUCCAGCUCUGAGAACACGAUAUGCAGUGCAGGUGCCCGGUAGGACCCAAUAGCUGUCAAACCGUGCUGAAAUGGUUUGACAGGAUACACUUGGAUGGGACUAAAGUACUCCUGACUGCAUAGCCACUGCAUUGUCGUAGUUAUGAUUUUGCAGUGUUCAUUUUACAUUAAAAAGCUUAGUUACAUGUUUUUUACGUUUUAUUUUGUUUGGAAAAUGUAUAUAUUAAGAUUAGGGACAGGCAACCCUAUUGUUCUUGUUAAUUCUUAUUAUACACAUUGGCAUAGACAUAAGGUAAGAGGGCUGUUUACCUUCAAGUUGAGUCUGCCUAAAUCUUGAAAAACAAAAAAAACCCUGUGAAUUGUAGUGAGCAAUUUCUUUGGCAUUAAAAAAAAUAAAGCUUUCUUAUACCCUACAAUAAGUGGUUAAUCAAAGUGCUCGCUAAGCACCAAGGCAGUAAAGUUUCUGUGCAGUGGUUAUGGUGCUAGGAGUCCUUGUGCUGUCUUUUGGGUUUGAGUAACAGUGAUAGGAUGUGGGUGCUUGGCUGAGCUGCCUCCAUUGCUCACAACAGAUCUUCUCUGUCAAAAACUUGGACAGAUUGUAUGUAUACUACAGAAGAAAUAAGAAAAGCAUACAUGUGCAUUAUCCACAUGUUUUGUUAAAGGGACACUCCACACUCCACUGCCCCAAUUUUUUUUUUUAAAUCACUUUUUAGUAGAUAUAACUACAUGCCUGCUUUUAAUUGCAAGCGCUUCCCUUUUUCCUAAGCCCAGCCUUUCUGUGGCAACUGCUGUCUCUUGAAAUUGGCGCCACUGAGCUAAACAAACCAGGAAGUAACCGGACCAGUUGCCUGACAGCCAGGAGUUGUAACAAGGUUAAUUUAGAAGUUGCCAGUUUCUAUUGAAAUCUGCAUUUAUUAUAAAAUUAAAAAAGAAGGCACACUCUUCACACAUAAAGCACUUCGGUGCGCUUUAGUGGAUUAGGGGCCUGGAGUAUUCCUCUAAACCACUCAAAUGGAUUUAUGAAAAAGGAAGGGACUGCACCCAAAGAUCCCUUAGUCCAGGGGUAGGCAACCGUCAUCACUCCAGAUGUUGUUGUCUACAUCUCCCUUGAUCGUUUCCUAGCAUUAUGGCCACAAGAGCAUCAUGGGAGAUGUAGUCCAUAACAUCUGGAGUGCUGAAGGAUGCCUACCCCCGCAUUACACUGUAAAAAAAAACUCUAGUCUCUGGUGUUUAGAGGGUUCUUUAAACAUUUCGGUUUGAGCAAUUGGUGAUUCUCCAUGAGUUUUGCAAAACCUGCAUUAGUGCCCUUCGCACUGUGGAACACUGAUACCUUAAUGUAUAAUGAAGAGCUCAAUGUAAGUUUAAUUUCUGUUCUGCAUCGGUUCAGGAAUUGAGGCCCCCAAAAUUGCAUCUCAUUCAUUACUUUCUUGAUACAGUUAUCAGAAUCUUUGGUUUUCUACAGGUCCAAUCACUCCACAAGGAACUGGCUGCCUGGCUGUUCAGUCUGUUAGUGGCACUAAGGUGAGUUAUGUGCUGCACUAUAUGGAUCUGUAAACUUUGUUGAAAUGCUCCUAGCUUAAUUGAAAUUAUUAUUUCAAGCAUUAGGGAAAAAAAAAGUAAUUGUACAGAAAAUGUUUAAUGUAGGGAUCGACCCAUAUUAAUUUCUUUAGAGCCGAUACCGAUAAUCUGUGAACUUUCAGGCCGAUAGCCAAUAACUUACCGAUACCGAUAUUCUGUACAUUUACCAUUUUAGAAAAAAAUAAACUAUUUCUACAAAUCUACUGUUAACUGGACAUGUUUCUUUUUUUACUAAUUUUAUUGUUAUUAAGGUAAAUGCACAAAAUAUACAUGCCAGUCAGAAUGUUUUAUGUUUUCAAGAAUAUAGUGUAGUGGAUGCAGUGAGAGUAUUUAAUUAGUGAAUGCAGUGUGUGUGUUUGUGUAUUGUGUAUUGUUUGUAUAGUGGAUGCAGUGAGUGUGUUUGUGUAUUGUUUGUAUAGUGGAUGCAGUGAGUGUGUUUGUGUAUUUGUAUAGUGGAUGCAGUGAGUGUGUGUUUGUGUAGUGUGUGUAGUGAAUGCAGUGUGUUUGUGUAGUAUGUGUGUGUCUGUAUAAUGAUUACAGUGUGUGUUUGUGCAGUGUGUGUGUGUGUAAUGUAUGUAUAGUGAAUGCAGUGUGUGUAUAUAAUGGAUGCAGAGUGUGUGUUUGUGUAGUGAGUGUUUGUGUCGGUAUGUAAUGUGGCAUUUUUUUAUUUUUGUAACUUUAUUUUUUAAAUAUUUAAUUGUUUUACCUUUUGUUUUAGUCCCCCCUCCCUGUUUCUUAUUUGGCCAGGGAGGGGGGAUAUGGCAUUCACUGGGGACCCGCAGCGUUCCUGGGGGGCCCAGCACACUCUUACUACUUUUCUCAGCAGUUCCCCCGUCUAACCCUCGCAGCCUGUGUGCCGUGCGGAGCGUUGCCAUGUUAACCUGUGGCAACGCUCUGACGGCCGUGGGACUCGCAAGAGUCAGACAGGGAAGCUGAAGGGUGCUGCUAGGAAGGUAAGUAAGAGUGUGCAGGGCCCCCCAGGACCCUGAUGGCGGCCCUGGUCUGCAUUAUCGGCAAUAUCGGUAUCUUUAUUGGCCGAAACCGAUAUUGCUAAAAAAUACAGAAUAUCGUCCGAUAAUAUCGGCCAGACCAAUAAUCUGUCGAUCCCUAGUCUAAUGUAAAAUUGUUAUUUACUGUUUUGAUAUGUUAAUAAUUAAAUAGUCCAUAAAUAUAGUGCGUAUGUGUGACAUUCUGUUAUUUAUGAACUUCUUUCUUGACAAGCGAGGGGGUCACAAAUCAAACACUCCAUAUUUUGUUACAUAACAUGUGCAUUCAAAGCUUUUAAAGUUAUGUGUGACUUUGUACAUUCAUUUAAUAUAUCCAAAUCUUUAUUUUUCUAGAUAUAUUAACAUUAUGUAGCAUAUGGAUGCAGAGAUGUUAAUUUUGUGAUCUGGGGUCGUGUUUACGGCUAGGAUUUCAGAGACUUUAAAAAAAAAUUACAAAAAAAAACAAACAUUUUUGCACAGUAGGCUUUUUAGGUAUGAUAAAACUCUUAAUAAAGCUGAGAAAUCCAAAUUUAAUGCUAUACCAAUUCUUUCAAUCUAAUUACAUGUACUCUUUUAGGCAGAUUUCCGAAUAGCAGCUACAGGAGUUGUUCUAGAUCUGGACAAAUCUGUGACUGUAGUUAAAAAGUUGAAGUUAAUUGGAUAUCCCUGCAAAAUCUACAAGAAUACCUCCUUUAUCAAGGUACUGCCUGUCUUUGGUUUUAUAUAUUUUUUAAGUGCCGCUUGGUAGUAUUUUGUUAUAUCACUGACUUCAUCUCCUGCCAUUUUGUCCUUCUCAUAGGGAAUGUUUAGCACUGCCUUGGAAGUGGCAAAGUUUGAGGGAGCCUCGGUAAGGACUGUCAGUGGGGUUCGGGGCCAGAUUAAGAAGGCCUUGCGGACCCCAGAGGGUGCAUUCCGAGCCACUUUCGAGGACAAGCUACUGAUGAGUGGUGAGUCAAGAUGUCCUGAAAAGCAAGAGCUAUAACCCUGUUGUCCUAGACCACAACAGUAAUUUUUAAGCCUGUAUGACAUAAUUAUAAUAAUUGUGACCAUAACAUGCUAAGUUUAUUUUGAACAGUAAACCAAAAACAAGUACAAUUUGUAUUCUUUUUUUCUUUUUUCUUUUCAGACAUUGUUUUCCUGAGAUCCUGGUUUCCAGUUACGGUACCUACUUUUUAUAACCCAGUAACCUCUCUGCUUAAACCUGUUGGCGAAAAGGAGAACUGGACUGGCAUGAAGACGCUCGGGCAAUUAAAACACGAGCUUGGUAUCCGCCAGAAGCCACAGAAGGAUUCUCUUUAUAAGGUAUUUUUAUUUGUAUACGAAGAUUAAGUGAAAUGUUCUUUAUUGUGCAUUAAGGUGUACUGAACAAGGUCUAGGCACAGGCAGAAUAACUAUGCAUAUUGCCAUAAUCAGACUGUGAUCAAGUCUGAAUUCAGCCUGAUCUCAGUUAGUUCAUUAUCUGAUUUUAGAAAUUAAAGUAAAAUCUUUCAGUUAUGGAACGUGAAAAUGCACUUCCUUCCCCAAUGCGUUUCUCCCAGGGUUCUGCAGUCUAACAAAUACUGUAUAUUUCCUCCAUUACAAUUUAGUUUUCUUCCUUGAAAUAUGCUGGUCAGCUCGACUCGAUGUUUUUAUUUUGAUUACUUGAGAUAGUUGAUAAACGUUUAGCUAUUUUACCCACCAAGCACAGUGUAGAGCAAAGGCUUGAUAGGUUUCAUUCUAAGUACAAUAGAUGAAUCUUGCCGGCUGUCCUUAGAAGUAUAUGGUAAUUUGCAAUUUUGUUAGAGCGAAGGUUAUGUGCUGCACCAGAGACUUAUUAAAUGUGUUACUGAUCCAAGUAUACAGGGCUUUAAGUGCCGCCCUACAAUAUAACUGGUGAUUACAUUAUGUAUUUGAUGUCUACCUCUGCAAUAAUGUAAUUAGACUAACACUGCCACCUUGUGGCUACAUAGUAUAUGAUUAAUUUGUUUUCUUUUUUGAUUAAUUUACAUACGUACAAAGUUAGCAAGUAACCUCUUAUUUGAGAAAGCAAAAGAGGACAAUUAACAUAAUGUUGAUGGGAUAUUUGUUUUUGCAACACAGAGUUGUAUAUGAUAACAGUAACAAAAAGCUAUACUAAUUAAUUAUUUUCUAGAAUGGGGUGGCGGAGGCAGUUAGUUAGCUGUCAUGUUGGCUAUACUCUAGUGUAAGCUGCAAAACCUCAUCUGAGCUCUGUUUUCUGUUUCUAAAAGGGUCCCUAUUAGAGACUAAAGUUUCUCAGUAGAUUGACUUAUUAUUAAUGUUGAAGUAUUUCCACCUGGCACUUAAUAUCUACCCAUUUAUCAAUCAUGUCUCUUUAUUGGGUUAUGACUAAUAUUUUAUUUCCAUAUCUGUUCUAGCCCAUCGUACGACAAGUAAGACACUUUAACCCAAUUCACAUCCCCAAAUCGCUACAAAAAGCCUUACCGUUUAAAGCCAAGCCAAAAUUUAUGGAAAAGAAGGGGAAAGUGACCAGAGACCGUGUACGGCCAGCUGUGAUACGCGAGCCACAUGAAAGAAAGGUGAGUGCCAUCAGCUUGAAAGCACGCCAUAUGAACUUUUUUUUUAAAUAUAUAUUACUACAUUGCUUCUGUAGACUUAAAGGUUUAUUGCAGUUUUGAGCCAUAAUAAUAAUACAACUAAUAAUACUAUUUUAAAAAAAAGCCAUAUUCACUUUCCUAAUUAGUCUGCUGGAGAAGUAGUAAUGGGAUGGAGAGCUAAAAGGUCCUCAUUUUCCUGUCUGCUUCUUAAUACUCCACGUCACAUACACACUAUUUGCUCCUUCUAGUUACAAAAAAUCCCUGCACAAGCAGCACUCAUUCAAUCCAGGCACACACACACCAGCACUUAUUAAACAAUACACACUGAAUUAUUUAACACUGGUCACUUAACGCAGUUCAUACUGUAAAGGGGAUAAACAGGUUAACCAUGCAAUGGUAAAAGAACAGCAAUGUUUUCAGCUGUAGGGUUGAAAUGGGUGAUGGUGGAGGUGGUGGGGGUGUAUGGCACCCAGGCCAUUUUAUUGAGAUGAUGUGGAAUGGGUGCCUGGGUCCCUAAGUGGUUGUUAAAAAUUGAAGUUAUUCUGUCAUGAUAGUUUCACCUUAACGGGUCUUCUAUAGUACUUUAGAGUAAAGUUGCAUCUCUUUCACAGCAGAUGAUAGCAGUUAUAGGCAAAACUACAUAGUCAAUUGAAGGCAACCGGCAGAUUACACAUGCACCUCACUUGACAUUUAAAGGGAAACUAUAGUCACCAGAACCACUACAGCUUAAUGUAGUGGUUCUGGUGUCUCUAGCAUGUUCCUGCAGGCUCAGCAAUGAAGAUGUUGCCUUUUAUUGCAUGCGCAAUAGCCUCCCAAUAUUUUCCUAUGGGAAAGUAUUGGAUUGGCUGAGAUCAUUGAGAUUGGGCCAGCUGCAGACAGGCUAGUGAAGCAAUGGAGAAAAGGUAAGUUUAACACCUUUUUUAUCUCUAAACUGGGGGCCGGGGAACUAGACUGCUACUCCAGCAUUAUAGCUAAAGUGUUAAUUCAUUUAGGAACAUUGUUUUUCAUCCAUGGUGUUCUUCAUUCUGUAGAUCUCAGAACUUCUGUCAGCCUUGGGUACACUGAACAACUACAAGAAAACAAAAGCAAAGACAAAGCACAAGCAGCAACACAGGGAAUUCUUGCAGAAGAAGCAGAAGGAAGAAGAGGAGAAAUUAAAAAGACAGAAGGAAGCUAGAAAGAAGCUUUUCCGAUCAAUAGGGCAGAAAGAGAAGAAAAAGCAAAAAUCGAGUCUCAAAGGCAGCAAUGAACAAGAUUGACAGACAUACGUUUACAAACACUGCAUGCAGACAUAACGAUGGUUGCCCUCUUGCCACAUUGGUCAUGUGUACUGUAGCUUCAUACUAUAUGGUGUACUGUACAGUCUUGUAUAUUAAUAAUCAAAUAUCUUUUUAUAAUUUGAUAUAUGGGAUAUUUGUAAAUUCAGAAUCCUGAAAGUGGAAGGAUUCCUGUAUAAAUUAUCAGAGGAGAAAAAUAACUUUUAACGUGAAACGAUAUGGAAUUAUUUAGGUUAAUAGAUUGCAUAGUGAUGAUCAUAUUUAUAGGUUGAUCAAUUCGCAAAAAUAAAAGUCUUACUUGAGUGGAUAUAUCUGUUUGUUAAACUCUCCAGAUAUGUAUGUACAGCUCUUUCAUAAAAAAAUACGUACUAUCCUUAACCACAGAAUGUUUUUUUUUUUUUUCUAUAUAUUGGAUAUGUAAGUACAUACAUGAUUUAGAAAUAAAAUGAAAUUAAAUAAUAUGGAC